CACACAAAGCCCGUGUUCCCUCGAGACCUGUCACAGCAUGCGGCCGUUGACUGAACUCGCAUUCGACCAACAGAUUGGGAAUCUACUGGGAACAGAAAAGAGAAUGCUGGAACUACACUUGUGUAAAAAGGAGAAACAAGACAUCCUCUACCCAAAAUCAAAUGCGCCUCAGGGUGCCCCCUUCCACAACCUGCAGGGUAACCUUCAGACCAAAGAGGAAAAGAUCCGAGAGUUAAACCAACACGUGGACUCGCUUCAGAACGUCAUUCACCAGGUCCAGGAGCUCCACCGGAGCCUGGUGGCCUUCUGUGGGGAGCUGAGGAGCAUGGAGAGUGAGCCUGCCCUCAAAGGCCUGACCCCAGGGGACCUGGAGGCCCAGCUGGGCCUGGUGCAGAGGAGGGUCCUGGAGAAACAGCAGAGCGUGCAGGCCAUGCAGGACAGAUUGAGCAGCUCAGAGACACGCAAGAGCAGAUGUCCAGAGGUCCAUCUGCUGGAUAAGAUGAAACUGGAUUGCCAGAUAUUCAAAGAGGAAAUCAGCAUCAUUCACCUCAAUCGACAGGCAGCUCGACUCAAGUCUGCACUGCAGGAGUUCCAUGCCAAGUGUCCCGCCGUACUGCUGAUGGCCCAUGAGGAGCAGAAUGAGGGCCGGUACGGGUUCACCGCACGCUGCACUGAGGCUGGGCUGGAGGUGGUCAGCGUGGAGGACUCACAGCUCUGCCUGCAUGACAGGCUGGUGGAGGUGAACGGGGUCAGUGUUUUGGACAGCGGGGAGGAUGAGCUCAGCGACCUCCUCUCCUGUCGCCCCAGCGCCCGGAUCGUAGUCCUGCGGAAGCCCCCUCCCCUGCCCCCGAAACCGGGGCGUGUGCCUGAGCCCGGCCCCGCCCGGCCCCGGGGUGCCCCCCCGCCCCGCUGCCAGGUCAUAGCCACCUGA